AUGGACAAGAACUCCUUGAUACAGGUUACCGUCGUCACCCGCGAGAUUGACGCUCCUAUUGGCGAGCUGUGGGGUCUUGUAGCUGGCUUCGGAGCAGAAAAGCCUUGGUACCCAGGGGCCAAAUCUGUUUCUCUCAAAGGAUUUGGUCUCGGCAGCAUCCGCACUUUCAAUUAUGUCUAUCCCGAGGGCAAAAACAAGGGCCAAGAAUACACCUUUUCCGAGGAGCUUACAGAAGUUGACGCUUCCAAACACUCUAUGACUUUCCGCGUUCGCCGCCCCGACUAUCCUGACCUAGUCGCCUAUGGCACGACUGCUUUGGAUUCCCUCGGGCCCAAUAAGACUCGUUUCCGUUGGAUUGCCGAAUCUAGUCCUCUUCCGGAAGAGUUUCUAGCUAUCUUACAGGAUGAUCUCAACGGACGAUUCGACAGCCUCAUUACCGCUAUGGCCAACCAACUUUCAGAUAAUUAA